AGAUCCUAUAACUCUCCCCCACAACACAAAACAAAUAGAAGAAUCAGAACCCACUUGUUACUUUUUACCAAUCGGUACCCAUCUGAUCAGUCUUAUCACUCCACCUCAGGAAAAAGGAAUCAAAAGAGUUACCCUAAUUGCCUGCCGUUGAUUAUGGUGAAACCAGUCUCUGCAAAACCAGCUGAGAGAAGUGACUCAAAAUACAAGGGUGUGAGGAAGCGAAAAUGGGGCAAAUAUGUGUCCGAGAUCCGACUACCCAAUAGCAGGGAAAGGAUUUGGCUAGGCUCUUACGAUACGCCGGAGAAGGCGGCCAGAGCGUUCGACGCUGCACUUUUUUGCUUACGUGGCCGUACGGCGAAGUUCAACUUCCCCGACAACCCCCCAGACAUUCUGGGCGGCCGCUCACUUUCUCCGGCAGAAAUUCAAUCUGCUGCGGCCAGGUUCGCCAAUUCAGAUCAUUCGGAGCCCCGAAUGAGUGAUUCGGACAAUGCGUCAUCGUCCUCUGAAGUGAAUACGGAGUAUCCAUCUCCUUCGAUUUCGGAUGGGACAGUGAGAUUGGACAGUGACUUGAUGACAUUAGAACUGAACACAACAUUUUUGGAUCAAUUUUCGAUGAUGGAUCAGGGUAGUAAUUUCUCGGAUUUUGGUAUCUUUCCGGGUUUCGAUGAUCUAUCAAGUGAUUUUUUCUUACCACCUUUACCACCAAUUGUUGAUGAUGGAGAAGACAACGGUUAUACAUUUUCGCCCCAAGAUAUGGGUUUGUUUUAUUACGUCUAG